AUGCACAUCGAGGAGAUCAUCCUAGAUGGCUUCAAGAGCUAUCCAACCAAAACGGUGAUCGGGCCGUUCCAUCCGCAGUUCAACGCGAUAACGGGGCUAAAUGGAAGCGGGAAGUCGAACGUCCUAGACGCAAUCUGCUUCGUCAUGGGCAUAAACAAUUUGAACCUGAUUCGGGUGAAUAGGCUGGACGAGCUGAUCUACAAACAAGGACAGGCGGGAAUCACCAAAGGGAGUGUAACGAUCAAAUUUAACAAUGAGCAGAAGCCAAGUCCUCUACAAGAACCGUACAGAGACAUGAAGAACAUCACCAUAACGAGACAAAUCGUUUUAGGAGGACGGAAUAGGUACCUACUAAAUAGUCACAACGCCAAGCCAAAGGAUAUUAGUGACUUCUUCCAGUCACUCAAGUUAAACAUUAACAAUCCGCACUUUCUAAUAAUGCAAGGGAAGAUAACAAAAGUGAUAAACAUGAAGCCCGUGGAGUUGCUCGGGCUUAUUGAAGAAUCCAGUGGGACAAAGCUCUACGAGGUGAAAAGAACAAAUGCAAUAAAAUUAAUGGGAAAGAAAGAUCAGAAGCUGGAGGAAAUUAACAAAGUACUAGUGGACGAAAUUGAGCCGACCCUGGUAAAAUUAAAAAAGGAAAAGGAAGAAUACAACAAAUUCAUUAGCAAUAAUGAAGAAAUUGAAAAAUUUGAAAAAAUCGAAAUUGCAUACAAAUAUUAUGUGGCCAAAAAUAUGAUGGAGAAAAGUCAAGAAAAAAUUGAAGACGCUAUGGAUGAAAAGAAAGUCCUCGAAAAAGACAUCAAAGAUAUCGACAAAGAAAUGGAGAUUUAUAAGAAGGAAAAAGAACAGUUAGCUAGCCAGACCUAUGUUGCUAGUGAACCUAUGAAGAUACUCAUUUCGGAGAAGGAACAGGUGGAAAAGAAAAUCUCCCAUCUCAAGUCAGAAGCCAAGAUAGAAGGAAAAGAAAAAGAAAAGGAAAAGAAGAAAAAAGAAGAAAUUAAAAAAGAAAUCAAACGUAUUGAAAAAAAAUUAAACGAUUAUGAAAAAAAUGACGAAAAAAAUAAUAAAAAUUUGAAGUCUUAUGAGGAUCUGAAAAAAAAAAUAGAGCUUCUACGGGAAGAACUUAGCGAAAAGCAGACCACAAUUAACUGCUUGCUAAGUGGAGGGAUCAACAACAGCGAGUAUACUGGCUCCUUCAGAGAGCAGCUAAAAAAUAAUAAAACUAAUCUGAGCCAAAUAGAGACACAGAUAAAUAACUUGCUACAAAAUAACAAACAUCUCGAGAAGGAAAUCAUGGCUUUAAAGGACCAGAGGAAGAAAUUCGAAAAGGAGUUCAGCGAAAUGAACAAGGAAAAAGAAGCAGAGGAAAAAAAAAAAAUCGCUUGUGAGAAUGAACUACAACAAUUAAACAAUGAACAUAAUAACUUCCUCGAUAUAGACCUUCUGCAAGAAGAUAAAAGGAUCCUGACGAACGAAAUAGAAAAAAUACACCAGGAGUUACAAGUGCUGAAAAAUUUAAUCAACCAUGUAAAAAUCGAUUUCAAAAUCCCUGGCAAUGUCAACCCAGCAGAUGUCCUUGGACAGAUAUAUGAAUUGAUAAAAAUUAAGAAAGAGUAUAGCCAAACGGCUUUGGCCAUUCACCUGAUCCUUGGGGGGAAAUUAUCCUACAUACUUGUCCAGAACAAAGAGUGCAGUAAAAGCCUAUUCGAAUAUAAUAAUUUUGCCAAAGGAAGCAGGAGAGUAACACUGCUGCCGUUACAAGACUGUGUCGUGUCACGAGAUGUGAACGAAAAGAUUGUAGAAGAGUGCCGCCGAUAUGUUGGGGUAGAUUCAAAAGAUAAGAAAGACGUUAUUCACUUCUUAGACAUAAUGGAAUAUGACAAGAAGUUGGAAAAACUUAUCAAAUACCUUUUUAACGGAACUAUUAUAUGCUCCAGCGUUGAUUACUGCAAGAAGAUUACCUACAAUCCGAAUAAGAAGCUCUCCUUCCCGACCAUAACCCUGGAAGGAGAUAAGUUCGACACAUCAGGAAGCAUGUCCGGGGGUUCGAACAAAAAUAUCAACCUCUUCUUACUUCACUAUGAAAAAUAUGAAAUGAAAAAAAAAGAAUUUCUUGACAAGGAUCAGAAGUUGAAAGAAAUAACCGCCAAAUUGGACAUCCUCCAAAAAGCGGAGGAGAGAAAAAAAAAAUUGUGUAAAGAUUUACAGAUCUAUGCCAACAAUUUGAGCAACAUAGAAAACAGAAUACAAACGAGUAAAUACGGAAAUAUAUGCCAAAAAAUUGAGCAGUCCAAGGACGAAAUAGAGAAGGGGCGAAAAGAACUGACCGAGUUGUAUGUGAAACAGAAGAAACUCACUGAAGUGAUACACAAAAUUGAAAAAGAUAUCUCAGAGUAUGAAAACAAUAAAGACAAAAAAGAGGAAGACUUAAAAGAUUCAGUCAGAAAAUUAAAAAAUAAAAUAAAACUCCUCGAAAAUGAAGAACACAAGAAGAAAGAAGAAGUUGAUGGAGUACUUCUCCAAAUAGAAAAUUACAAAAAACAAAUGGAAAAAGAAAGCAACGAUUUGGUCACCGCUGAUGAAACUAUAAAUCAAAUUGAUAAAAAAAUUGAAGAAAUUGAAAAUAACAUAAAUGUUGCAUUGGAAGAGGUGAAAAAUCUCGAUAAAAAAAUUUUAGAACUCCAGGCCAGCUUCAGUUGCUAUGAAAAUGAAAUAAAACAGGUAAUAAAAAAGAUGGAAGGUCUGGAAAAAAAGAAAAGCAAACGCAUGCUUGAUUUGAAGAAGCUAGAUAACACUUUAAUCGAUUUGCAAAAGGAUUCCCAAACGGCCAGCGACACUGUCAAAUAUCUUAACAAAACCCACGUUUGGAUCGAAUCUUACGAACCUCUGUUCAAUAAGAAAUGCACUCCAUACGAUUUUGAAAAUUUUAGACAUGAUGUCAUACAGAAAAAAAUACAAGCCCUCCAGAAUGAACAGAACAAAUUGUCCAUAAACAUCAACAGGAAGGCUGUUCAAAUGUAUGAACAGGUGCAGGUGGAUUACAAGGAUCUCAUCACGAAGAAGUCCCAGGUCGAGGAGGACAAGAAAAAGAUACAAGAAGUUAUAGCAGAUCUGGACGUGAAAAAAAGCGAGAGUUUACUUUCUAUGUAUGAGCAAAUUAAUGACUACUUCCAGGCCAUCUUUUCCACGCUGCUGAACAAUGCGCAGGCUAAGUUGUGUGUGGUAGAUGGGGACCUCUCCAACGGGAUUGAGAUGAAGAUCGCCUUCAACAAUAACUGGAAGGAGUCCCUAACCGAACUGAGCGGCGGCCAGAGGAGUCUCCUGGCGCUCUCCUUAAUUCUGGCGCUGCUCAAAGUGAGAACCGUCCCUAUGUACAUACUGGACGAGAUCGACGCGGCACUGGACCUAAACCACACCCAGAACAUCGGAGAUAUGAUAAGGACGCAAUUUCCGAAUUCCCAGUUUAUUAUUGUCUCAUUAAAAGAGGGGAUGUUUUCCCACGCGGAUGUCUUGUUCAAAAUGAGAUUUAUCGAUGGCAUUUCGACCGUCAACCGACACUCGCUUGACAUUAGGCAGAGCAAAAACAAGGAAGUGACCGAGGUGAAGCGUCGAAGGGUUACGAUUCACGAGAAGGAUCCGGACGACGAUUGA